AUGUUUGGCGGGAGAUCUUGGUGGAUUCUAUUCCUCUUCCUCGUUUCUUGUCACUUGGAAUUCUCCUCUUGUCUCAGCGUAGACGGAGUCAUCUGGCAAGACAACCCCCUGGCCGGGUUGUCGAACAAAAUCUAUGUGACCCUGUCUUUCAACGAAUCAGUCCCCUCAGGAGCAAUCUUCACCAUAUCAGGCCUGACCGGGGCAACCAUCGCCUCUCCUGUUCCACUCACCACUUCAAAUGCUGGCACUGGAACUGAUGCGUCCACUUACUUUGCUUGCGGAGCCAAUACUGGGUAUGGCUGUUGGAGCUCGGUUGACAACUCUAUGACGCUGCAGUUGAAGCAAGCAAUCAGCGCCAAUGUCGUUUACUCUUUCAGCUUCGUCGUCCAGAAUGGAGCCACGGAGCAAGGCAGCCCACAGAUCUACUUCAAGUACGUGGAGGUGUACAACAUGACCACAAAGACCGACAGCGCAUAUGGCGUGACCUCUGGCUCUUCGAUCCUGCUGAUCGUGAUUCCAGCGUUCACAGUGAAGACGAUUGUGCAGGAGACUUUCCUUCAAGGGCUGGAGAAUGCGAUUACGGCCACCCUGCAGACCAAUGUCGCUCUUACGGCACAAACCUCGGUCAUCAUCACUGGGCUGAAGCCAACAGGAAAUUUAUCCAAGUCCAGCCUUACGUUGGCAGGAGCGUGCAGCAGUACGUUCGACGGGCCGGGAGCCUUCAACCCCUCUACCGGCACCUUGACUCUUACAGUUUCACCCUCAGGCUUCACGUCCAACACCUUGUGCACCUUGUCGUUCUCCAUUCAGAAUCCUCGGUUUGCAGUGAGUCCGCCCUCUCUAUCGAUUAGCGCCAGUGGGAAUGUCAGCAUUGCAACAUCGACGUUCGACCAGACGGGAGUUGAUCCUGAUUAUCUGCCGCUCUUUGUGCUGGGAUUUGUCAAGAAACAGGUCCAGCAGUCCAACCCUUCUAUCUCAGCUUCCAACACCAUCACCGUCACGUUCUCUCUGAAUCGAGAAAUCAAGCAGCAAGUAGCUGUGGACACCGACAAGAUCACCUCGGCCACCUUCACGCUGACCGGGCUGACAGGGAGUUCGACUCCCGAUGCCACAUCCCUUACCGUCUCCUCUUCCAACUUCUCCAUCAGCGAUACCACAUGGACUCAGUCUACAGGUACCCUACGGUUCAAGCCGUCCGCGGACUUGGCUGCCUUCCAAGACUAUGAGAUUCAUUUCUCGCUCUUGAACCCGUCCUAUGGCCAAGAUGCAAGGAACGUCACUAUCACACUCGAAGCGAUUGUCCCGGUCAAGUACGGUUCAAAAUCAGCCGUGCUGGCGGUUGAGAGUUUGUCAAACGGGCAAGGCAACUUUGCGACCUUGCUGGUCGCUGACUUCCUUGUCAAGUUUCUGUCGCAGUCCGAUCCCUCUGCCAGAGCAAUCAACAAGUUAAUAUUCACCUUCUCCUCGAGUAUCGACAUGGCGGCUGCGGGCGCCCGAAUCAACAUCACGGGGUUUGACAACGCGACAAGCGCGAGUGAAGUCCUGACCUUGACAGACGAGAGCGCUGCCGUUGGAGGCGCCGCAUCAUCCAACAUGUACUUCUCCAGCUCCUUCGGCGGGACAGCAUCGACGGCUCUCUUCUCCAACGGCAUCCUGUCGUUGUAUGUCGUCGGCUCCAUAAAGGCCCGCAGCACGUACAGCAUCGGGUUCAGCAUACAAAACCCUUCCGUUGGACAGUUCUCCCCGAGUUUCUACAUCCGGUCCAUAGGAGAGUAUGCUGCUACCGCGACGCUCCUCGUAGGGAAGGCGCAAGGCAACAAUGAACCCCUCCUCAUAGCAGGGUUCCAGUAUGCCCAGGUGUACCAAUCAGAGCAGUCAGCAGGGGCUCCCAACCUGCUUAUUGUGAGUUUCAGCCCUUACACUGAGGUAGUUGCUGGGAGCCAGCUGAACCUUCUAAACCUCGUCGGAGCUAACAGCUCCGACGGGGUGAUACCCCUGACCGACGACUCCGCCAACUCCACGUGCGUUCAGCUCGGGAACUGCGCUCUGCACUUCACAGCCCCAAAGUCGAACAUGUCAGGGUACGGCCUAUGGACCCGCAGCCCUCCGUCUCUCACUCUCCAAGUCGUGUCGACAAUCAAUCAAAGUGAAAUCGUCUCGUUCUCAUUCACUGUUGUCAACUCCAAGAACGGCCAGCGGCCACCUAGCAUAAGCCUCUCCUACACAGGCACCAUUUCGUCCUCGUCCUUUGUGGCGGCCACCUCGGAGGGUCCAGCUGCGGCCCUUAGGAUCGCGGGCUUCAAUUAUUCCUUCAUGUCUCAGUAUCAGACGGGAGCGACAGAAAUCAAUUUCUUCAAUCUCACGUUCCAGAACUAUGCCGUCCUCUUUGCCAAUCAGACUGUCAUCACUGUCAGCGGCCUCCUGAACACGCUGGACUUUGACCCUCCUGAUCAGCGAACUCUCAAGGAGGAGCCGCUGCUACAGGGCACCCUCAAGCAAAGCACCAACGAGGACAUUCUCUUUCUCGAUCAGCCGUACAGUCUCUCCUUCUCUCCCGUCGGCUACCUCCUGCAGAUAGGAUCCGAGACACGAUCGAUCGUUUCUUUCUCCUCCGCCUACACCGUCAAGGUCUCCUCGCGCUUUGACGCCGGAAUCAGCCAGUCGACUUCUACCAGCUACUCCAUCUUGUCUGACAGCCUCUCCUACUUAUACGAGCAGGCGGCAUGGAACACAACAGCUGGGGAGCUGUACAUCUCGGUGAAGAAAGAUAUUCCGCUGGAGCGCUACCUCAAACUCUCCUUCCAACUCAAAAAUCCAACGGAACCUCAAGACGCUGCGAUUGUCUACAUCAGCUCCUCGGGGGUAAAUUUGAAUGAUCCAGUUGCAAGCUCGAAGACGACAGUUCAGAACGCUCCGGGUCGCUUCGCUCCUCUCUUCAUCAUCGGCUUCUUCUACACCAAGAUGUUCCAGAGUACAACCGAGGUCAACGCAAACAACAAGAUCACAGCUAUCUUCUCCACCACCGUCAACCUAGCCGCUAGCCUCAGCACUAAGAUCUGGAUCACCAAUCUCACCGCAACUCAAACUCCCUCCUCCUCCUCCUUCCCUGUCACCGGCUCCCCCGCCGGUGUGUUCAGCCCCACGGCCUCCUGGACGCAGGACGUCGGGAUCCUGACCAUUGACGUGAUCGGAGAGCAGGCUGACGUGCUGGUCUACACGCUGGAAUUUGUGCUUAAGAACCCUCCGUCAGGUCAGGAUGAGCCGUCAGUCAGCAUCUUUGCUACUGGAACGACCAUUUCUCCCAUCAAGUUCGACUACGAGGUUGGCAACUUUGCACCCCUGCGCAUAGGAUACUUCACCUCCCUGCUAAUAGCGCAGGAAACGCCGUCCGCGUCCGACUGGGACAUUGGAGGGGAGAAGAUUUCUAACUCGCUCUCUGUCUCGUUCGCGUCCAACCUCGUCCUGACCGCAGUCAACCGAUCGACAACGCUGUUCAUCAGUGGCAUCGCUCCUCUCAUCGCGGCCACGGGCACCAUCAUCAAAUCCCUCUCAGCCUCAUCUUUCCAGCUCGACGACUCGGCCUCCUCCUCCGACGCAGCAUACAACAAGUUCACCUUCAGGAUCAGAGACCAGUCUGUCGUCAUCUCCAGCUACAUAGGGAGCACAAGGACGGUGUACCUUCAGCAAAAUCUUGACUUCAUCCCGCUAGAUGGGACAGAUCGUUUCAUCAUCCAGAACCUCCAGAACUUCACCGUCCCCCUCACCCACAACUACUCGGAGAUCGCCCGGUCUGCCUCCUACUCCCCAACAGCGCAGGAGCUGGCUGUGACGUUCCUCGAGGACACGGUCAGGAAGCAGCGGUACUCUUUCUCCUUCCUCCUCCUCAACCCUCCAGAGGGUCAACUGUCCCCCGACAUCUCUAUCUCCACCGCUGGUUUUGUCAUACCCUGGACCAGGAUGGAGAAAGGAGCAAGCAUAUACCAGCCUCUGCUCAUAGCAGGAUUCGUCUCUCCUCCUACCCUGCGGCAGAACAACCCAAACUCGGGGGAGACUAACAAGUUCUCCAUCUCCAUGCUCCUCUUCUCUCCCAUCGCUGCCGACUCCGUCCUUGUCAUCUCCGACUUCCACCUCCUCGAUCCUGCAGGAACGGUUGUGGACCUGGUCACUAACGAGGAUACGACCUGCGGUAACGUCAGCUGCGCGUUCUCCUUCUCCCGGGUCUUCUUCUCCUCUGCCAGCUCAGAUGUCAACAAUACCUUCAACGACUCGUUGCCGGGCACGGCAGGAUGGAACGGCAGCCAUCUCCUCCUCCACGUCAUCAACGAACUUCCUUCCUUGGAGACUACAGCAGACCCCACCAUCGUUCUCUCCUUCUUCUCUCAGAAUCCUGUCCUCGGCCAGUGGUCAGUAGACGCUCAGAUCAAGAUCCUCGGAGCAAACAGCCAGGUGGCGCAAACUGCGUUCAGCAAGACAGGAGACAACUCAGAUCCUUUUCUGAUCGCGGGCUUCAGCGUCGCAACGGCAGCUCAGAGCACGCCGAGCAGCGGGGGGCAGAACAACAUUACUCUCCUUCUUCAGAGCUACGUAGACUUGGAUGAAAACAGCUCGUUGGUAGUGACCGGCUUCUCGCUCCCUCACUACAACGCCAGCCUGAUCGCGCUCUCGCUGUAUGAUACACAAGCUACAAAGGCUGGCAGCUUGUUCUCUGCCUUGCUGCAGACGCAGGAAGGAACUUUGAAUAUCUCGAUCAAGAAAGGGCAGCGAAUGCUCUCUGGUGUGAACUACACCAUCAUGUUCCCCAUCAUCAACCCUGUUCCUCCUCAGUACCCUCCUACUCUUUCCGUUCACAUUGUGGGCAAGGUCAGAUCAGCACCCGUCGAGCUCUCAUCACCUUUGUUGGACUUUUCUCCCUUGUUCAUUGCUGGUUUCAGGACCAAGUACAUGCAGCAGUCCUCUUCUUCCACCGACGACGUCAACUCUCUUACCACCACCAUCAGCACAACUACCAUGCUCUACAAAGGUACCCGGAUUACCAUCAAAGGGCUCGUAGAGACUGGGGCAGAUACGGUCGACGGUGCUCGUCCUGUAUCCUCGACCUCCUCCUCCAUCUUCGCCACUGAAGCCCAGUGGACCAAAGUCAACGGAACUCUGGUGGUGACCCUGGCAGAUAAUAUGCUUCCCCUCCUUGACUACUCCUUCAACUUCUCCGUCAGAAACCCCAAGCAGGGGCAGCCAGGACCCGCGCUCCUGAUACAGGCGACGGGGCUUGUCAACGUCGGGUGGGUCAACGUCGACAGCAGGAACGACUCGUUCAAACCGCUCUACAUCAGCGACCUUGUAGACAUUCUUAUCUCCCAGUCCACCACCUCCUCCUCUGCCAGGAACACGCUCACCAUGAUCCUCUCUCUCGAGGCUCCCCUCCUACCAGGGUUCGCAGAGUUCCAGGUCAGCGGGCUGCUGGGCUCGACGACUCCGUCCGGUCUACUGAACAUCUCCUCCGACGUCGCCAGGGAGGGGAACUGGACACGGUCCUCAGGCACGCUCCUCUUCGGGCUCACCGUUGAGAUGCAGCCGUACACCAACUACACCUUCACCUUCCAGCUCGACAACCCAGCUCAAGGCCAGGAGUCUCCCUCAGUCUCCAUCGAAGUCCUCAAGACUCUAGAUCUCGAUCCGAGGUACUGGUCGGCUUACAAGAGGAGGAUGCGCUACGACAGUGUCCUCAACUCUGCCCCCCUCCUCGUCGCAGGUCUGCUGUCUUCCUCCAUCCAGCAGACCAACCCCUGCUGCUCCGCACCGAACAGGCUCAGCAUGACCUUCUCUAGCCGCACCCUCCUACACCAAGGAUGCUCCCUCACGGUCUCAGGCCUGCUCAACGCGCUGCAUGACGGGAGCGUCAUCGACAUCCAGCAGCACAUCAGCAAUUCUACCGAUGACUCCUUGUACUUCACAGCAAACAUGUCCUCGAACUUGUCGGGUAGCGGACUCUGGCUGCAGCAGGAAGAUGCAAAAGUGGUGCUGUACUUGACGCAGGACAUUCACCGCAAUCAAACGAUCUCCUUCUCCUUCACCGUUCAGAACCCCAGCACAGGACAAAGUUCGCCUGACGUCGCCAUGGAGGCGAACGGAGAAGAUUGCGCGAUCACAAAGACGCUGAUCAGCAAGAGCAGCAGCAACCCGCCGCUUCUGAUCGCAGGAUUUUCACUCCUCUCCAUCCAACAAUCGUCCUUCUCCCAAGGAGCCUCCAACGUCAUCACAGUCGCCCUCAGCCCCUACGUCUCGAUCGCAUCUCCAGCUGACCUCUACUUCUACGGACUCCAAGGCGCCUCCGCUCCCCCUGGUGUCAUCAACCUCCUUGACUCCUCUCCCUCUACCGUCUGUGUCGACGAGGUCCAGUGCUACAAGUUCUUCGACGUGACGAUCUUCGGAGACGGCCUGGCGAAGGCUGUCUGGCUCGAUGCCGACAAGACCCUCCAACUUCGCUCCAACAGGCUGAUCACCCCGCAGAUGACCGUCAAGUUUUCUUGGGUCCUCACCAACGAGCUGGCAGGACAGUCCUCUCCUCAGGUCUUCGCCGCUGGGAGCUCCGGCAACUGCUCUCUCGGCAUCACGCCCUUUACGAGUCCAGCUGGUGAUCAGCAGGUCUUGCUCAUCGCAGACGUUGUGGACUCGCUUGUAAGUCAGUCGACUCCAAUCAACUCAGCUGUCAACACUAUCACUGUUCGACUCUCCUUCAACUUCAACCUGGGACAACAGGAUUUCUCGGUCCUCACUCUGAGCGGCCUCGGAGCCUCCUCCUCUGACGACGGUUUCCUCCCCAUCUCCUCCCCCACAAAUCAAUCAUGGCCAGCGCUCGGGGCAAUAGCGCACUACAAGUCAGCGACGAGUUCUGUUGUCAUGAACAUCAGCAACGUGAGAUCGUUUACCAACUACUCCUUCUCCUUCAACCUCUCCAAUCCGAGCGCAGGGCAGCUGGCCCCAGUCAUAGUGCUCAACAUGUCCGGCGCCGCAACAAUCAUCAACAAAGUAUUGAAGAACGACCUGGGAACCUCUGCUCCUUUCUUCGUCUACGGUUUCAUAGAGAAAUCUGGUGCACAGAGCUCCGCAUUGCGUGACGCAACGAAUUCAAUCUCGAUCUAUUUGACAUCCACCGUUCUAAUACCAUCAGGGACGAAGAUAGUUCUAGAGGGCAUCAAAGAGACAAACUCCCUGGCUACAACUCUGAAUGUCUUGAUGAAUGCUUCUUCAGCGUACUCGAUCACAGCUGACUGGAACAUAUCUGGGACGCUAUCCCUGACAACAAGUGCUGACGUUCAAGAGUUCCAACCUUUCCUUCUGACGUUCCAGGUCAACAACCCGUCUCUCCCCCAAGCAGCUCCUCCCAUCUUCAUCUCAUCCUCGGGCUCCGAUCCCUCCUCUACAUUCCUGCCGACUCUUUUGGACAGUUUUCCACUACCAAACUCUCAAAUCUUGCAGAUCAUGGGCUUCAUCGAAGCUGCCGCAAGUCAAACGAACCCUUCCGUCCUCGCUCUCAACGUCAUCACCCUUACUUUCUCCAUGUACGCCUCACUCGACGCUUCUUCCCACGUCACCAUCACCGGCCUCGCCGGCUCGUUCUCCAACAGCAGCAUCAAAGUCCCGGUCAUCGAGCUUACAGGUCAUUUUGCAACCUACGGACUGUGGAACGAAUCCAAGGGAUCUCUUGUUUUGACUGCUGCCACUUGGACUCUCCCCGGCCUCUUGUACAACUUCACCUUCGAGCUGUACAACCCGCAGGCUGGUCGCCCAGCCGCAGCCAUAGAGAUCGAAUCAGACUGGCCGAUCCCACGGUAUCCUGUCACGCCAGCAGCAGGGAGCAAGGCACCGUUCCUGAUCCAGGAGUUCACAGUCCGCGAGAUGUACCAGGUCAACCCCGGGGUGUCGCAAUGGAAUCUGAUCACGGUAACGAUUCAGUCGCGAACAGAGCUGCGUUCCUUUCCUGCAGAGAUCAGCAUCGUCUCGCCGGGGAGAGGCUACGUCCCUGGCGACCUCCUGCCCCUCCCCUCGGGGGCAGGCAGCGGCUUUCGAGCGACCUUCGACGUGGGUGACGCAGGAGAAAUUUCUCAGAUCCGCAUCCUGGACUUCGGGGAGGGAUACAACGAGAGCGUACAGCUCUACCCAAUGUACCCCAACACAUCCACAAGGAUGGAUCAGACUGUAACUGCGAUCAUCGUUGCUGCUGGCGGGGUGAACUACGUCGAGGGGGAGGUGUAUGGGCAGGACACGAUCGUGGGAUCCGGGAAGUUCCUAGGUAUCGCGCUAGUGAACCAGGCAGGGUCCAUCAGCGAAGUCCGAAUGGUCGACCAUGGCAGCAACUUUCAGUCCAACAUCUUCAACAUCAACCUGAGGUAUACGGACACGAAGGAGGUCAUGACGAAUUCGAUCUCCUCAGUCGACAUCAUCGGGCCGACAGCUUCCUGCCUAGUGGGGACUGUGAUCGUGGCGUCGAGCUCGUCUGGCAGAGACUUCAAGGCAGAGGUGGACGCGAUAGAUCCCUUCACUGGAGAGAUCCUCUCCUUGAAAAUCAUAGCGCACGGGAUCGACUACUUGUCAACUCCUUACCUCUAUUCUGAGACUGCAGGCUGUUUCUGCACCGUUUCUCCUGUCAACUCAUCCCUCUUGGAUAAGUGCCUUGUCGCUAAGAGGGCCCACAACGCAAGUUUCUUCGCGACCGUCGGGCUGGAUGCUGACGUUCAAGGGUUCACACCCACCAUCAAGUUCUCAGGGCUGGAAGGGUACCCCCUGUGGACCACGGACAACAUGAUACCCAUCAACAAGGUGGGCGGGACAGGGGUCCUCCCUACCUUCGGGCAGUACAUGAAAUGGGAUGAAGUAUCAGGGGAGCUAACUCUGGUAGUCAAGUCUACGAUGCUUGCAGACGUCUCGUACGCCUUCGAGUUCCUCGUCAUGAAUCCCAGUGCCGCCCUCGACUCUCCCACCCUCUACAUCCAGUCGACAGGCAUCGCAAGCUCCCCGGCUAUUGUCAACUCGUCGGCUGGCAUUCAUAUACCUUUCUUGACUGCUGGAUUCUACACCAACCAGAGCCUCUGCUGGCAGACGGACCCGGGGCAGAACACGUCCAACAUGCUCACUGUCUCUCUCCUCUCACGCUCCGAUCUCCCGCUCAUCCCAGCGUCCUUCAACCUAUCGAGCGGAGGGAUAAACUACAUCGCAGGCGAUCUCGUCAUCGACGGUUACAACACCUCAGACUUCCUGGCAAACUUCGACGUGGACGUCAACGGGACGAUAAGCCGCCUGUACCUCCGAUGGGUCAGCGACAGCUUUGCCUGGUCAGCUGGACUGCAGCUGAGCAUCGUCUAUCCCGGCACCUUCACCCCGCAAGGCUCCACAAUCACCAGCAUCCUCCUUGUCUCUGGCGGCAGCGGGCUGGAUCCGCCCGACGGCACUUACGAUGGGGUGGUCAACAGUCUGGGGGUUGAUGGAAAUGGUUUCGCUUGGUCCUACACCGUCCAGGGAGGGAGGGUGGUCUCUGCUGAGGUCAAGUCGGGGGGUUCAGGGUACCUGGUGUCAAAACCUCCGACCCUUCUCCUUAACAACGUGCACGAAGGCAAUUCCAACAAUGUGAAGCCGGUGAUGGUAGUGCGAUGCGCGGGAGGAGCUCAGGUCAGCUUGCUUCCAGCUGCCAUCACCAUCUCCGGGCUCGUGGGGACUGCUCUAGAGGCCAAGUCGAUGCCAAUCACGCAGAAAUCCGGCAAUGGGAUCUCGAUCUUUGAUGCGUCCGCCGGGUGGAACAGGACGGCCGGCUUGCUUGUCCUGUCGUUGGUGAAGCCAGUCUUGAAGGAUGUUGACUACACUAUCAUGUUCACUGUGAUCAACGGUCUGAGCAAGCAGGAGCCCCCACCGAUCUUCGUCUCUGGUCAGACAGGCAUCUCCCUUGCGCGCCUGCAGCUAUCGACCCUGCCAGGCAGGAACUCCCAGCCCCUGCUCAUCGCUGGGGUCUACCUGGCUUCAGUGUCACAGAGCAAUCCGGGUCAGGGAGCUUUCAACACCAUCUCCAUAAGUGUCACUUUCAACUUCGACGUGUUCCCCCUCACCACGCCGACCAACCUGACCAUCUCCGGCCUCUCCGGGACCUCGUUCCCCUCCAUGCAGACCAUGGUGUUCAGCAGUGGAGUGACAGAUUCUAACGGCUAUUGGAACAGCAGCGGGCAGCUCCUUGUGCAGUUUGUACAGCCCGUGUCGGCAGGGUUUUCGUUCUCUCUGCAAUUCGGGUUGAACAACCCGCUCAAGUACCAGGACGCCGUCGAUGUCUACCUCGCUACCUCUGGGGUAAGGACGUUUCCUGCCCUCCUCACCCCUGGCAAGGGGCUGUACGCUCCCCUCUACAUCAUUGGCUUCAGACACGCCAAACUCUACCAAAGCGACCCGUCAGUGUCGUCCACCAAUACCCUCGUCCUCGAGCUGAACUUCUUCGGUUCCAUCCCAGCCAACUGGCAGAACUCCUCCAUUCAGAUCCUACUCUCCAACCUCGUCAGCAGCGCCACUCGCUUGCAGAAUAUCAUCCUGUCCAACGUUCGCAACGGAGGAGCAGACCUCUUCGGCGGGGUAGCAAGGUGGAGCCAAGGGGACGGCAACUUGACCUUGACGCUUGUACAGAGCCCCGUUGACAACGUGACCUACGCCUUCUCCUUCUCAUUGACGAAUCCUGUCAGGCAACAGGAAUCUCCCGCAGUCUCGAUCGCCGCGUUUGGCCUCACAGUCCUGCCGUUGGAAGUCUCUAAGGGUCAGGGCAACGCCGCGCCCCUUCUGAUCGCCGGGUUUGACACGAAGUCCAUCUCCCAGUCUACCGUUUCGCAGGCGGUUGACAACCAGAUAACCGUCAGCUUCAGUCUCAACAUCGACCUGUCUGCGAUAUCAGGAGUGUAUGUGGAAGUCUCAGGUUUGGUGGGCAGCAGCACUCUUGGCGAUCAGAACUUGGCAGUCUCAAGUCCUAACGCCUCUGCUCUUGCGAGCACAGCAUCGUGGUUGCAGAAUGAGAAGAUAAGAGUCGCUCUCUUGACAGAUCUCAACCGACAGAAGGUUGUCAUCUUCACCGUCACCUUGAGGAACCCGCUGGUGCCAAACUCGGCUACUCCCGUGUACAUCUCCGUCUCAUCAGCUGGAAAGCAGCUCUGCAUGUCAGAGAUGGAGGCGGGGACCGGAAACAAACAUCCUUUGUUAAUCGCUGGCUUCUCCUACCUGCAGCUCGGACAGUCCAACGCUGACGUGUGGGGUUUCAACGAGCUAACGGUCACGUUGAGUUUGAACUGCGAUCUUACCUUCGCCGACGGAGAAAACUUCCUCCUCUUGACAGGUCUUGCUCGAGACGUCCUUCUGUCGCUCUCUACAGUGCCUGUACUCCACAUCUCCAACUUCGCCUCCUCCAACUCGUCAGCAUACUUCGACCCGUACCUGGGAGGCCUCAGGUUCAACUUCACCAGGCAGACAGCCUUCUAUGCACAGCUGCAGUACGUGUUCCGCAUCACCGUCGUCAACUCUCAGUCCGUCCUCAGACCGAGCCAGCUCUUCCUCGCCUCCUCGGGCAAGAUAAUCGUCUCUCCUUCCCUUGUGGUCUCCUCCCCUGGGAUCACUGCCUACCAGACCCUAGCUUCCUUCGCCCAGGACUUCGCCGCCACCUGCGUCAUCGAUGGAACCUGGACCAGCAAGACAGCUGGCAGCUGGGUGGGCAGGAGGGACUUUGCGGCAGUUCAGCGCAACGGCAUGCCCAUCGUUACCGACCACCCCGAGAUCUUCGGCUUCGAGGCUCUCUGGACGCAGACGGACGGCAGGCUGAUCGUGCAGACGUCAUGGCAGGGGGCGAUGGAGCGAGGGGGCGUCUACUCCUUCUCCUUCACCCUGCUGAACCCCAGCAAGGUGCAAGCGGCGAGCGAGAUCUCGAUCUUCGUGGACGGGCCCGACCCCAUCUGGAACGAGACGAUGACGUUAGGGGUGGAUGGGAACGGCCAGCUGGACCCCAGCAGAAGCCCGUUGAAGACGGUCACGACCGCCUGGCUGGCCGCAAACAUCUCACAGAACUCUUCGAUCCCCGGGCAUGCGAACCUCCUGACCGUCACGUUUGCCAGCUGGACAGACAUCCCAGCGGGCUCUGCUAUUUCCCUGGUCGGGCUGACUGGCUCAUCCACCAGCGACACCUCCUCGCUGCCCCUAGUCCAGGUAGGAGGCUUCCUGCUGGGCUCGGCAGCCUGGGCCAAGCAGCAGGGCCAGCUGGUGGUAUACAGCUCGACGAAGCUGAACGCGACUGUUGUUCACUCGUUUUCGUUUGUCCUUCAGAAUGGCCCGACGGGUCAAACUGCUCGAUCGGUCUCCAUCUCCGUGGCAGGCGCCGACGCUCUCCCCGCAGUGGCGAUGCAGACGGAUUUCUCCAUCCCUGUCCCCCCGGGGUUCACCGCCCUGGACCUCGCGCCCUUGCGGAUCCUCGGGAGCUCGUUCCUGAUCAAGAGCAUCGGUCAGACAGCAUCCUACCCCGCCGCGCUCAACUCCAUCGUCAUCACCCUGAUGACCUCCGUCGAUCUUAACGUUGGGGUAAGGCUGACGAUCUCCGGGCUGACUGGCUCGUCUACCCCUGACUCGACUCUCAACGCAAGUUUCCCGCUAGUCUCUCCGCCUCUGUUCUCCUCGGGGGUCUGGACUAGAGCAGUCGGGGUCAUAGUCUUCACGCUCACAGAGCCGAUCGUAGCUGGAGUUUCAUACAGCUUCUCCUUCAAGCUGCAGAAUCCAUCAACAGCCCAGUCGUCUCCCUCCGUCUACAUCGUUGCCAGCUCCUCCAUCGUCACCAGCGCUCUCAUGGACAAGGAUACAACGAGCGCGACCGCCGAGACUGGCACAGUAGCAGGGGAUGCGAGCCCCCUCAAGGUGUACGGUCCAUCGUUCAUCGUCAAGAGGAUAGAGCAGUCUACAACGUUCCCUUCCAGCAGCAACUUCUUGCUUGCCUCGUUUGCUCUCAAUUCCGCUAUCACCACCUCUGACAGGACUUUCAUCCACCUCAGAGGGUUCCAGGGAGCUGCUACCCCAUCUGCAAGCGGGUACACAGUCUCCUCCUCCUCUCCGGUGAUCCAGGGCUCUGGAACCUGGAGCAACUCAGGAGCAGCACUGCCCAUCCUCGAGGUCGACCUGGUACCCAACGUCACCCUACCAGCUGGAACCCUGGUGAACUUUACCUUCUCCCUCUUGAACCCCUCCAGCGAGCAACCUUCUUCUCCUGUCACCAUCACUCUCACCCAGUACCAGUGGACCAGCCUGAUGGAUGUCAAUUCCAGCAAAGUCCUUGACUUCCCCGGCUCGGUCCCAGGGGACGCCGUCCCCUUGAAGGUCAACAGCCCGGCCUUGAUCGUGAGCAAGAUCGCCCAGUCCUCUCCCUUCCCCGACGACAGUAACACUCUGGUCGUCUCCCUGGCUGCCAACGUCGAUCUGUACGCCUCCUCCACCGUCGACAUCUACGGCCUCUACGGGAGCGCCAGCCCUGACGGCCCGCUCGAGAUAGCAUACGAGGGAGGCAAGACAACAUUUCCAGUCUUCGGCUCCACGUGCAUGUGGUACCAGUCCGUCGGGCGGCUGACGCUGGAGGUAGGUUUUGAUCAGAUGCUGGUAGCUGGUCAGCUGGUCGUCCUGAACGUGACCUUGCUCAAUCCCGGAUCCGCAAACUCCGAGUCUGUGGUCUAUGCAGAGGUACAGGCGAUGAUGAUGACAACGAAUGUUUUGGUCAGCAUAACUCUGCCCUCCGUCAUGAUGGGUACGGACAGUCCCAGCAGCACUCCAGCAUACUACAGGGUCGGGGACAACCUUCCCUUCCGAGUCUACUCUCCUGGCUUUCAAGGGGCGCAGAUCCAGCAGAACUCAACUCUGCCACGAGCGAGCAACAGAAUCUCUACCCAGUUCGUCUCCAACGAACCGUGUAGCUCUACAACCAACAUCACCAUCGUCCUGACCGGUCUCAUCGGGUCCAACACAACCUCCACAUCCUCCUUCUCGGUCUCCCUGUCGGAGGACGGCGGCACGGCCAUCGCGACCUCCUCUUGCUCUUGGACGCAACAGACUGGAACCCUCCAGUUCAUGUCGUUGGGCGACAUCGUCCCCGGUUUGAGUUACACCUUCAGUUUCAUCCUCAGGAACCCGAGUCGAGCACAAGAUCCCCCAGCUUCCGUCCAGCUGCUCCUCCAGUGUGGAGUUUUCCAGUUCAUCACCAACCCGGGGGUAGACGUUGACUGCAUAUCGACGAGCUCACUACAAGACUGCUCUCCUCUCUAUGUCAAGAACCCUUCCUUCCUGAUCAAGACCAUAGUUCAAAGCUCCCCUGUCAUCAACCAACUGAACGUCAUCACAGUCACCCUGUCGCCCAACAUCGACCUGCCCCCUGCUCUCCGGAUCACGAUCUCAGGCUUGAAGGCCUCGGCGUCUCCCGACUCGGAGGAGAUCGUUGUAACAGGUGGAUACAGGACAGACAGCACGACGAGCAGCUCUUACACCUUCUUCUCAGAUGUCAGGGCCUUCCGAGGCGGCUCUUUCAGCAUCAUUGCCAACUCCAGCACAUGGCCAGCAAGGGACGGGCACAGUCUGCUCAACCAUCAGGGGUCGCUGCUGAUCAUGGGAGGCUGGGGGGGUCCCAACGGGGGAGGUUACCUCAACGACGUGUGGAGAUCCAGGGACGACGGAGCCACCUGGUCCGUGGUGACGUCAGCGAGUAGUUGGAACGUUCGCGGGUACUUUGCAAGCCUGAUCCUCGAAGAUCGGCUCUACGUCUUCGGCGGCCAAGGCUUUGCGAGCGGCAGGGCCCAGCUGUUCAACGACGUCUGGAGCUCCACCGACGGCCUCAGCUGGACCUCAGUCACUUCAGCCGCUGCCUGGUCGCCAAGGUUUCAGCACGGGCUGAUCAAACAGAUCCUCAAUGGCAGGAAGACUCUCUUCCUCACCGCGGGAAUCAGCUGCUCGUCUGGGUGCACACGAUACAACACCAACCUCCCCGGCUGCCAGCUCCUGACCAGCUCGCGCUCCAGCUGCUGCGUCCAGUACCAAGACUGCGCGGAGUACAAGGCCGUCAACGACGUUUACAGCUCCACGGACAACGGGGCAACUUGGAAACUUGCCACAGCAUCCGCAGCCUGGGCCCCGAGGGCCUCGUUCGGCUUCGCUGCCGAUCACAACGGAACCAUGUACGUGUACGGGGGGACGUCGGGGGUGGACACCUUCUAUGGGGACUUGUGGAGGAGCAACGAUGGUGUCUCCUGGUACCAGGUUCAGGCGUCCGUGGCCGUGGGGUCGAGGGCAGGAGGAAGGCUCAUUGCUACCUCUCAGUGCCUGUUCUACAUCGGAGGAUGGAACCGGGCCGGGGCCCAGGACUACCCAAACGACUUGAUCACUCCCUAG